GCUGAGUGCUCGAGGCUUGACAGGACACUUGCAAUUGAUGGAGUCUAGCUUGGUCGAUCGAUAAGAGGCGCCCGAUGGGUCAUGGAUGACUCUCGCUGCUCGCGGAAGGUGCUGGAAGCAAAACAAAAUAUGGUAUCCUGCCCAAAAGCAAUCCAAAGCCAAACGGCUUGCUCACCAACAGCUACGCUUUCUACCUAGAUACCUCUCGCACAUUGUGCAUUAACUCGUAAACGAAUUGCGACCACCAACCAUACCCCUGAAGGAUGGCGAAUCAAGAGUCAAAACCUAAUCUAUUUCCAACCAUUGGCCAAGUAGUACACGAUACACACCUACAGGGUAAUGAUUCCACUCAGCCUGCAGUGGAAAAUCCUCUGCAGGUCGUUGUUAAGGAAGAGGACGAAGAGGACGAGGGUCCUGUGACAGAGAUCGAAUCACUGUGUAUGAAUUGCGAACAACAGGGAAAGACCAGAUUGCUUCUGACCUCUAUUCCAUUCUUUCGAGAAGUCGUUGUCAUGUCUUUCCAUUGUGAACACUGCGGAUUCUCAAAUAACGAGAUCCAAACCGCAGGAACCAUUCGACCCGAGGGAACCGUCUACACUGCUCGUAUCAUUGCCCGAAAAGACUUGAACCGACAAAUAGUCAAAUCGGAGAAAUGCACAGUAAUCAUACCCGAAUGGGAACUCACCAUCCCGCCAUCUCGUGGUCAACUUACUACAGUCGAGGGUCUCAUUCGGGAUAUUGCAACGGAUCUGAGCUUGGACCAGCCUCUACGGCAGAUUCAAAACGAGGUUGCUUAUGCGAAGAUACAAGGCAUCAUCGACGCUAUCAAGGAAGUUCUCGGAGACGUUGAAGAUGAGGAUGAGAACGAGGCAGAGGAAGUGAAGCAGAAGCCAAGGGCCGCAGAGAUAGAUGCGCCGAUGAAACCUUUCACUGUCAUCUUGGACGAUCCCGCGGGUAAUUCGUUCAUCGAGUUCUACGGAAGCAUGGCCGACCCGAAGUGGAACAUGCGGACAUACCAUCGUUCGAGACAGCAGAAUAUCGACUUGUGUCUAAUAGAUCCUAAUGCAGAGCCCCAGCCCGAGGCCCCGACGAUUGAGAACGCCGAGGAGCUUCCUGGUCAGGGUCUGGAAGGAGAAAACGAGGAGCUGUUUGUCUUCCCGGGAACUUGCUCAAGUUGUGGACAUCGAUGUGAUACGUUGAUCAAGAAGGUCAACAUUCCUUACUUUAAGGAUGUUUUGAUCAUGUCAACGAACUGUGAAGCCUGUGGUUACCGAGACAAUGAAGUCAAAUCAGGUUCUGCCAUCUCGCCUCAGGGAAAACGUAUCACGUUGAAGGUAGAAGACAGGGAUGAUCUCAGUCGUGAUAUCCUCAAGGUCAGUCCUAUUCGACUUUUCUUACGGGUUGCCUGUGUUCUGAUCAGUUUGUUAUUCAGAGCGAAUCCGCCGGUUUGCAGAUACCCGAGAUCGAUCUUGUGCUCCAGCCCGGUACGCUCGGAGGCAGGUUCACCACCCUGGAAGGUAUCCUCGAUCAGGUGUACGAGGAACUUUCAGAGAAGGUCUUUUCCGAUGCGAAGGUCGGCGACAGUGCCUUCGAGAAUUUCCUUCAGAGGCUCAAGCAGGUACGCUACCCUACAUGAAACUUUAAUUAUUGUCAUGCUAACGUUUGUAUUGCAGGUCAAGACCGCCGAGCAACCGUUUACCGUCAUCUUGGACGACCCCCUUGCCAACUCAUAUAUACAGAGUCUCUAUGCUCCCGACCCAGACCCUAACAUGACGAUUGAGUCAUAUGAUAGGACAUGGGAACAGAAUGAGGCCCUUGGUUUGAAUGACAUGAAGGUCGAAGGAUACGAGGGUGAUCCUAACUUACCGCAGAAGGGAAGCAAGACUGAACAAAUAGCGGUGGUCAAGGAGGAAGUAAAGGCAUCGUAGAUGACGAAUGUAUGCAUAUGAAUUCAAUGACUUUGUAUCGCUAGAUCUAGCAGGCAGAUAUAUUCACUAUGUACUUUAGUCUGUAUAUAAUGACAUCAUCCCCUUCAUAUCACAUUUUGUGAGUGUGCCUGAGAG